CAAUAAUACCCGAAAAGCCUGCUCUCUUCCCGUCCUGAAGUUUCGCUCUGGCCCUUGUUCGUUUCUUUCUGUCUCUGCUGCUGAUUCUGAGCAUUGACUGCUUCCGUCAGCCUCCGCCUCCACCCUCUCUCCUUCCCUACUCUCACUCCCAGCGAUCGGGUUUCUCAAUUUGCUGUUUCUUUUUGCCUGAUGACGAGGACGACUCCUUUUUCUGAGCGAACCGACUUCUGCUGCGGGACUACUACGAGGAAUCAUCUUCUAGCAUCAGCAAGGCAGCUGUUAAAAUCUCUCGGUCGUUUGUUUUGUUGGAAGGCAGGCAUUUCAUUGAACAGCGGGGGGGUCGAUUGUUUGAAUCUGACAGAGCUUUAACAAAUCCUGAAGGUUUCUUUUACAGUAAUGGCUGCCUCUGAUCACAAAGCUUCCAUAAUAGAUGGUAAGGCCAUCGCCCAGACCAUCAGGUCCGAAAUUGCUGCUGAAGUUCGAGACUUGUCCCAGAAGUAUGGCAAGGUGCCGGGGCUUGCGGUGGUGAUCGUAGGGACGAGGAAGGAUUCUCAGAGCUAUGUGAACAUGAAAAGAAAGGCGUGCGCGGAAGUAGGAAUCAAGUCGGUCGAUGUCGACUUGCCUGAGCAAGUGUCUGAGGCUGAGUUGAUCCAGAAAGUCCAUGAGUUGAAUGAAACCCCCGAUGUUCAUGGCAUUUUGGUUCAGCUUCCCCUGCCAAAGCAUAUAAACGAAGAGAAAGUGUUGACUGAGAUCAGUAUUGAGAAGGACGUGGAUGGUUUUCACCCUCUAAACAUUGGCAAGCUUGCAAUGAAAGGACGGGAGCCUCUGUUCCUCCCUUGCACACCUAAGGGAUGCAUGGAGCUUCUGUCUCGUAGCGGGAUAACUGUAAAGGGGAAAAAGGCAGUUGUGGUCGGGAGGAGUAACAUCGUCGGACUACCGGUCUCACUGCUUCUCCUUAAAGCAGAUGCCACCGUAACGAUAGUCCAUUCAUAUUCUCGUGACCCUGAAGCUAUUAUACGUGAAGCAGAUAUUAUUAUUGCUGCAGCUGGACAGCCUAUGAUGAUCAAAAGUAGUUGGAUCAAACCUGGUGCAGCCGUUAUCGAUGUCGGGACAAAUGCAGUGGAUGACCCGAGCAAGAAAUCAGGGUACAGGUUAGUAGGAGACGUGGAUUUUGCAGAGGCAAGCAAGGUAGCAGGGCACAUAACUCCUGUCCCCGGUGGUGUGGGGCCUAUGACUGUAGCAAUGCUUCUAAAGAACACGCUAGAAGGUGCUCGCUUUUAUCUCCAAAUGAAGAAGAAGCGGCUUCAAGAGUAACAGUCACCUAAUAGUAAGAUGUUUCAUGCAACUCUCUGUAUCCCUUUGUUUGAACCUCAUCAGCAUACGGUCACCAUUAUAUAUUUGUUGAAAACUAGUCUGUUUUGUUUCCUGAUAGUUUAAUGAAUAAAAUACGAUAUGAUUUCAUUGUGUCUAA